AUGGUGAUUUUUAUAUUUGGCUCCACAAAGCUGGUAAAACCCUCCCCAGCCCUCUCCCCAGCUGAAGAAAAAUACAGGAAAGCAGCACUGGAGGCUGACAUACCAAAAGAGCACUUGGUUCCCUGGAGGGACAUGACCUGGCAGGUAAAAGCUGCCAAUGAAGGGCUCAAGCCGAGGCUGUGGGACCUGGAGAAGGCACUGGAGCAGGCACAGGAAGACAAGCAAGACAUUCAUGAAGAAACGAUGCGGCAAUACCAGGAGCUGCAGACGAAGACAGCAGCCCACAGCCAGCACUUGGAGGUGAAGGUGAAGAGCCUGCAGGAGCAGCUCGCCACCAGGCUCCAGGAGAGCCAGCAGAUCCAGGAGACUGCCACCCAGGCACCUGCAGAGAGGGACAGGAACAUCACCCAGCUGCAGGACAGGCUCUACACCCUGGAGAGGGAGUAUGAGAAGAUCCUCCAUGGUAGCCUGGACCUUGUGCUGGCCAAGAUGACAAAGGCCAGCCAGGAGUGGGAAGAGCUAGGUAUGAGCAUUGCCAUGGAGAACAAGGAGCACCUACAGGAGUUUGGCCUCAACCCCCUGGAGAUAUAGCACCCUGGGGUUCCUGAGACAGGACAGGCUCUCAGUCCCUACCUCCCUAUCAGCACACUUGAAGAUCUUCCCACAUCCUUUGCUCAACAGCCCAGCUGCCCCAGGCUAGGUAAGAGAAGAUGAGUCCUGUCUG